GGGAUCGUGGGGAGGGAAGGCUCUCUCUCUCUCCCUCCAAUGCCUCGCUUGCGUCGUCCCCGGGAAGGCGCGCAACAAAUGGCAGCCAGGUCUGUGAUCCGGGCUGCGGUAGCAGCAGCAGCGACUCCCAGGUGAGGGCGGCGCAAAGGCUCGGCAAGCUGCAGCUCUCCAUGCCCGCCUGCGCCUCGCCUUCCACGCCGCCUGAGUCACCCCGCUGCACCCCGACCUCUCGCCCAUAAGAUAUGAGAUGGCACCAUGUGAUUCAUUCAGCAAGAUCUCUUUCUACCUCUUUGUCAGAAAAAAGCAGCACCUUAUGAGGAUAUCAUCAGAUAGGAGGCUACCUGGCAACCUCCAAGGCUUCUCACCAAAACAUCAAAGCUACGAUAAGUUGGCAGGAAUGUUCUUUCGAAAAGAAAACCGACCAUGAGGAAGCCCGCGCAUUAGCACAUUCUUGAGCAACGUCGCCGAAGAGGAUGAGAUUGGAGUUUUGUGCCUGAGACCCUUUGCCACCACUGUUGGGUAAAUGAGAAGUGGUUGUGUGAUUAUGCUGACAUCCCAGCAUGCAUCUGGUAGACCUGUGGUUAACUCGCUCCCUCUCCAUGUGUCUGCUCUUACAAAGCUUUGUCCUCAUGAUACUGUGCUUUCAUUCUGCCAGUAUGUGCCCCAAAGGUUGCCUUUGUUCCCAUUCUGGAGGUUUGAAUGUCAGUUGCAGCAAUGCAAACCUCAAGGAAAUACCCCGAGAUCUCCCUCCUGAAACUGUCUUACUUUACCUGGACUCCAAUCAGAUCACCUCCAUCCCAAACGAAAUCUUCAAGGACUUGCACCAGUUGAAAGUCCUCAACUUAUCCAAAAACAUUAUCGAAUUCAUAGACGAACACUCCUUCAAAGGGGUGGCCGAAACCUUGCAGAUGUUGGACUUGUCGGACAACCGGAUUAAAAGUGUGCACAAGAACGCGUUCAACAACUUAAAGGCCAGGGCUAGGAUUGCAAACAACCCCUGGCACUGUGAUUGCACCCUGCAGCAGGUCUUGAGGAGCAUGGCCUCCAACCACGAGACGGCCAACAGCAUCAUCUGUAAGACUUCGGAAAUUGACGAACACGCCGGGAGGCCGUUCCUCAACGCUGCCGACGCCGACCUCUGCAACCUCCCUAAAAAGACUACUGAUUAUGCUAUGCUAGUCACCAUGUUUGGCUGGUUCACCAUGGUGAUAUCCUACGUCGUUUACUACGUGCGGCAAAAUCAAGAGGAUGCGCGCAGGCACCUCGAGUACUUGAAAUCUCUGCCAAGCAGACAAAAGAAGCCAGAGGAAGCAGAUGACAUUAGCACUGUCGUAUAGUGCCCCGGGUUCAGUGAUUGACUACGAGGUGGAAAUUGGAUGUGCAUAGCACGGACGCCAGGUGUUUACUUCUAACAUUCGUUGUAAACCUGUAAGACUUUCUCCCCCCCCCCCCAAUUAAGCUGAAUUAUACCACUGUCAAAACUUUCUAACAAAAAAGAUUUCUGUUUGGGGUGGUAACAGUACACCUUUAUUGUUUCUCUGGUGGUAUUCUAAACAAAGUAAAACUAAUAUGUAAACAUUAGUUUAGACCCAUUCCACUCUUUAAUAAUGAAAUUUAUUUUUUUAAUUUAAAACCAAAUAAAAGCUUAACUUUGAA